AUGAAUAACUUGCGAUCUAAUACGGAAUUCUUCCGCAAUCUUCGGAAUAAGGAAGCUCAUUUAUCAUUCUCUCCUACAAAGCUUUCUGCGAUGGUACCAGCACUCCCAAUAACGCCACCCGCAAUGGAAGCAGAUCCGGAGGUGGAGCGUAUUCUUGCCACAGCUGUGCACGUAUUGUCUACUGAGGCCACAGCCUUGUCUUACCUCUCACGACUUUAUGCCACAGAUCCCAUAUCUCGUGGUGGUUUUGUCAAGGCUGUCGAGGCAAUUGCUGCAUCCAACAUGAAUGAUGGCAAGACAAUCAUCAUUGGAGUUGGUAAAAGUGGAAAGAUUGGGGAGAAGCUCUUCAUGGGGAUCUUGGAAUGGUCAAGCCGAAAGAUGUCCUGCUUCUCAUCACUUUUUCGGAUUACUCGGGGACGUCCAGGUGCCAUUCUACUACCUGCGCCUAUACCGGAGCCUGAGACUGUGAGCUUUGGAAUAUCUGCGCCAACUACAUCGACGACGGUAUCUCUCGCGCUCGGUGAUGCUCUUGCUGUUGCCUGCGCUAGACAACUCUACAACCAUGACGGCAACAUGCCAGCCGAUGUUUUCAGACGAAAUCACCCUGGUGGAGCCAUUGGACUCGGAACCGGUAAAGGUGUCAUCCGAAUGUCAGACUUGGCCACUCGACUGGACGAAAUUCCAGUUAUCCCGUGCGGGUCAAGGGCCUUGGAUUCACCACCAAUCUCAUCCUCUAGCUCGGAAUCGGAUCUAGAAGUCACGGAGUGGAGAGUUGCCCCACUUUCUAUCAGGGUAGUUGACUGCCUUAUUGCCGCUGUGGGAUCGAAAUCAGGGUGGGUUAAGAUCUCCCUCGACGAAAUCAUACCGCCUGGGAGAUUACAAAGAGUCAGAGGAAAUGUACACGUUGACGUAUACGACCCGCAUCUGGCACUUGUUGUCAGUACCAACGAGACUGUUAAAGUUUCCGGCGAUUCAAGUGUUGAUGACAUACGGAAAUGGAUCAUUGCCUCCCGGGAUGAAAGGCAUGAUCCGAUGUUGCAAGAUGGCGCAGUUCUGGGAGUUGUUGUUGGCGGCGAAGUAAUGGGUGUGGUAGAGAUUGAUGAGCUGAUGAGGAAGUAA